UCAGACUGAUGGAUUUCCACAGACAACUGAAUUUCCGCAAUCAGGUGGAUUUCUGAAGACAGAUGGAUCUUUACAGACAGACAAUUCUAAAAAGACAAACAGAUCUCUGCAGACAUACAGAUUAUGGACUGAAUGGGAAACAGAAGAAUCUGUUAUAAUGCCAGAUUCCGCUGAAAACAAAGUAAAGAUGAUAACAGGGAACAGCAUCCCUGAGCAAACAGUUAAAGAUUCUAAAUUACAUGAUUUACUAAAGCAAGAAAAUGAAAACUUUGGGACAGCUGGAGUCAGACCAAAUCAACACCUACACCAGGAAAAGACUGAAAUAGAACUUCUAUUUCACAAACUUCAUCUUGAAGGCAGAAACCACAAACUGAGAGCUGCUGAUGUUCUUCAGAUAACUGCACAUUCAUUACAGUGUCAUGAGUCUUGUGCUGAGGCAGAGCUGGAAAAUAAUUAUCUACAACAACUACUAAUGAUGAACUACAGAGCAAGAUAUAUUAAAAUAAAAGAGAUUAAUGAACAGAAUCACACACAUCAACAACAAGACAAUGACUUGUCAGAUGAUGAGGGAGAUUUUUUCAAAAAAAUGUCUUUGUCUUACAAAGAAUCAAGUAAACCAGACCCUGUUCACCCAAUGGAUGUUCAGAUGGCUGUGUUUCAUUGUGCUGAUAGUUUUCUUAAGCAGCUGAUGGUAACUAAACUCUCACAGUGUCAGUUUGCUCUUCCUCUGCUUGUUCCUGAUCCAUUCACACAACAGAUCCACUUUCCUCUCUGGACAUUCAGACAAAUCAACAAGACCUGGAAGAUAAGAAAUUCUGACAAUGAAAUCAUCAGUAAAGUCCUGCCAGUGUACAAAGCCAAAACUCCAAUGGUGUCCUUCUUCAGGUUUGGCUCAGUGUCUUCAUCCAAAUCUCUGCUGAUGAACAGUCUGAUCAAUGAGAAACACAACACGUUCUUUCACAAGAAUUGUCCAGGCAGCAGCAGAACCAGACUACUGUUAAAUGGAUUGGUAGAGAUCGCCUGGUUCUGCCCCUCUGGAAAAAACACAGAUAAAUUUACUGACUGUGUUGCUUUCUGUAAUCUUCAUGGUGAUGCAAGAACCAAUGAGAAACAACUGCAGAUUCUGACUGAAAUGUCUUCAGUCAAUGUUGUUUUUCUACCAAACCUUGACAAAAAUGACAAAAGCACAGCAAAGAUACAAAAGCUGUUCAGGGACAAAAAGCCACUUAUUUGUCUUUUUACUGAGGAUGAAUCUACUGUAAUCGAGACAAUGAAAGGAAAAUACAAAAUUGGUUUAAAAGACAGAAAUCAGUCUGAUGUAUCUGAAGAACUCAGAAAAACUAUAAUUGCUGGUCUGUCAUCUUCAGAAUCAAAUUCCAUUUUCAUACUUGAAGAUGUGUCCAAACACUCAGAUAUCAGAGUAGACGAGAAAGAUGAUGAAGACUGCAUGACAGAGAAGGACGCAGCACAGCAGAUGAUGAGUUUACUUGAGAAUAAAGGUCUGACAGAAAUCAAAGAAUCAUUUCUGCCUCGUCAGGGGAAACUGUGGCAUCUUUGGUGUCAGAAGAGUAAAGAACUUCAUCGACCUCAAGGGAAUGAGAUAGAGCAAGAAGUAAGUAAAAAACAAUUUGAAAUGAAAAUUAUUCGUGAACAGCAACACAGAUCCCACACAAGUGAGUUUAUAAAGUUCUUUAUAAUACACAUGAACUCGCGUGCUACAAAUAUGGGGUUUUUCCUCAAAUGGCUCAGUAUCCUCCUGGAUGAAUUUUCUUCACCUGAACUUACUGCUCUACAUCAUAAGUAUGAUGAAAAAUGGUCAACAGUCUUGAAACUAAAAGAGAACAAUGACAAAUCUGAUCAACUUAAGAGGCAUCAAAUGGAACUUGAGAGAAUAUCUGAGGAACUUCAAGCUGCAACUAUUGGCUUGGAGCAUGUCCUGAGAGAGAUCAGUCAGAUGUAUGAAUCAUGUUUAUCUGUGAAAACGAUCAAGGGAGGUCAGAAUUUUAACAUCUCCUCUCUGCUGACUUUUGCAGCAAAUAUGAUGAUUGCUGGAUUUCCACUGGAACUUAUGGAUGGAGAUGCUGCUUAUGUUCCUCUGAUCUGGAUUACUGGUGUUUUAGAUAAACUAAUAAAAAUACUGGGAGACCAGAGGGUCUUUGUGCUUUCAGUUUUAGGGAUUCAGAGCUCUGGAAAAUCCACCAUGCUGAAUGCCAUGUUUGGACUUCAGUUUGCAGUCAGUGCUGGCCGGUGCACAAGGGGAGCUUUUAUGCAGCUGGUCAAAGUGUCAGAGGAGAUGAAACAACAACUAAAGUUUGACUAUAUUCUGGUUGUUGAUACUGAGGGUCUUCGUGCUUUAGAACUGGCUGGAAGAUCCACAAGACACCAUGACAAUGAAUUGGCCACAUUUGUUGUUGGUCUUGGUAAUCUUACCUUGAUCAACAUCUUUGGAGAAAACCCCUCUGAGAUGCAGGAUAUUCUUCAGAUUGUUGUUCAGGCCUUUCUUAGGAUGAAGAAGGUCAAACUGAAUCCCAGCUGCAUGUUCGUGCAUCAGAACGUUUCAGAAGUCACAGCUGGAGAGAAAAACAUGGAGGGACGGAGACGACUGCAGGAGACACUGGAUGAGAUGACAAAACUCGCUGCUACAGAUGAAGUCUGUGAAGCAGAAUGUUUUAAUGAUGUCAUUGCCUUUGAUGUACGUAAUGAUGUGAAGUAUUUUUCUCAGCUUUGGGAGGGAAGCCCACCCAUGGCACCACCAAACCCAAACUACUGUGAGAAUGUCCAAGAACUAAAGGAAACUAUUGUUUCACGUGCUUCAAAAUCAGAUGGAAUUAUGUUGAAUCACCUAAAAAAGCGUAUUCAAGACCUCUGGGAAGCUUUAUUGAAUGAACGAUUUGUGUUCAGUUUCAGAAAUUCUCUGGAGAUUUCAGCAUACAGGAAACUGGAGACAGAAUACAGCAAGUGGACCUGGACUCUUCGCAGUGCCAUUUUGGAAAUUGAGAACAAACUACACAACAAAAUAGAAAAUGAAGUCACUAAUGAGAUUGAGGAAAGAGGUCUUCAAAGAGAACUAAAGGAUAAAAGUGAAGAAGUUAAAAAAUCCAUGUCAGAAUUCUUUGAGAAAGAUCCAGAUAAAGAUAUCCUGAUUCAGUGGAAAGCCUCAUUUGAAAUAAAAAUUAAAGAACUUCAGGAAAACAUAAUAAGAAAAACAAAGAAGAAAUUAAAUGACAUUCUUAAGCAGAGAGACCUGAAGAAAAAGAUUGAUUUUCAAAAGACAUAUCAUGAAAAUACUCUUUUACAAAAGAGCAAAGAACUUGCUUUAAAACACAAAGAUAAAUCAAAUGAUGAUGAAAUACUGAAAACAGAAUUUGAUUUGUUUUGGAAAAAAUGUGUUAAGAAGAUCAUUAGAAACAUUCCUCAAAUCAAAGACAUUGACAUACUGAGAGGUGUGAAAGAGAUCCUCAGUGACAACUAUGAAAUUGUCCUUAUAGACACCUGGAAUGACAUCAAUAAUAUUUUCACUGUGCAGAGUUAUUCAGAUUAUGUAUUAAUAAAGAAAAACAUUGAAAUUAAACAAGCUUUCAGACAUCCCUAUAGCUCAGCUCAAAAGAUGUUUGGGUCUGUUCUAUCUAAAGAGGAUGAAACACAAAUAAGAACCUUCGUCACAGAUGUUGGUCACCAAGCAGACGAGAUGAUCAAGUCAUUUAACAUUUCCAAGCUGGGCUACAACACCAAUUACAUUCAACAUGUUACAGAUUACAUCAAAGCAAGAAAAAUAGACUAUGAGGAAAAGUCUGAGAGAUUUUUGUUCAAGAAAGAAUUCUUCAUCGAUUUGGUAUUUUCGAUAUUUAAAAGAGCAAAUAGCACAUUCACUGACCAACACAGAAUGUUCAGGGAUGCCAAUGAUCCUGUUUGCUAUUUGGAAAAGAAGAGAGGAGAAUACUAUAGUAUUUUUCAGAAAUACUGUCAAGGAGCAACAUCAACAGCUAUUUUUGGUGAGAUCAUCUGUCAGAAACUAAAAGAACCCAUUGAGCAGAACAUCUACAAACACACUGCCAGAGAUUUAGCAGAUGAAAUAAAAUCAAACUGUCCAUCACUGAAUGGAAACAGAUCAAAUAUGGAGAAACACAUUCUUAGAAAACUGGCAGAGGAGCUGAUAUUUGACAAAUACAUGAACUACAUAAAAAAUCCCAGAGAUCACUUUAAGAGCUUCAUCAAAGAUGAAGUCAGUCAGUACAUCAGUAAUAAGUUCGGUGUCAGUGUACAGCCCAAGAUGAAACAGAACAAUAAACUUCUACUGAAGAAGAUCAUUACAGCAGCAAAUGAAUCUACUGAACAUGCUCAAGCGAACAGUGGAAAUGUUGAGAUGUGGUUAAAGUAUUUCACACAGAAGCUCUCUGAUGUUUUGAUAUUCUCUAUAAGUGACCUUAGCGGAGUCAAACAUGAUGAUGUUGAUGAUUUUAAACUCCUAGAAGAUGUGAUAAGGAGUGAACUUCCUUCUAUAAUGUCUGAUAUCAGCAGUAAAUUCAGCAUUGACACAUUUGAUGAAAAAUUGGAUCUCAGCAACAGACCAGAUGAGAUUCUGAUUGAUCACUUCUGUCAGUGCUGUUGGGUUCAAUGUCCAUUCUGUGGAGCCAUCUGCACCAACACACUAGAAGACCAUGAUGGAGAUCACAGUGUUCCUUUUCACAGAGUGGAUGGACUCAAAGGAUGGCAUUACCAUAGAAGAUUAGAUCUGAGUGUUGAUUUAUGCACAACUCUAGUUACAAGUAAUACACAUUUCCGUGUAUCAGAUCAGUCGUUUCCAUACACAGAAUAUAGAAAAGCAGGAGGAGUUUAUGCAAAGUGGAACAUCACCCCUGACCUCUCUGAGCUUCCCUACUGGAAGUGGUUUGUUUGCAGAUUCCAGAAAGAUCUAGAAAAACAUUACAAUAAAAAAUUCCAGGGUGCUGGUAAAAUUCCCGAUGAAUGGAGAAAAUACACAAAGCAGAGUGCUAUAGAAAGUCUUGAUAAAAACUUUUAAUGAAUAUAAAUUAAUUGCGCAAAUAUUGCAUGUUGUUUUCUAAUCAAAAUAUUUAGUGCAAAUAUAUGCUGACGUUUGAUUUACAUCAUUUUAUAUUUUUCUCCUGAAAAGUACAAAGAUUAUUUAAAUCUGUAGAUCAAAUAGUUCAAUAAUUACAAUUAUUUUUCAGACUUAUUUUCAGGCUUUUGCUUUCAAAAAAUCUGGAUUAAGUAAAUUGCUGUUGUAAAUACAGUAAUGUGGGGUUACAAUUGUUUUAUAUUCCUAUAUAAUUG